AUGACAAAUAUGUCUAACGACUUGAGCCACGGCGGCCAGAUGAUUGAGUACAUCCAAGACCGCCUCUACCUUGCAUCUUAUGAUUCUGCUCCCAGCUCCAGGACCCCAUUCCCCUUUCAUCUGGACGCACCCAAAUCCCCGAGCAAGCGCGCUCGUGCGCAGCCCGCCACUCCAAGCAAGCGCCGCUCUCCUGUGUACUUCACGAUUGACGACACUCUUCUUUACAACGCGUUCCAUGCUGAUUUCGGCCCACUGCACAUUGGUCACCUCUACCGAUUCGCCGUGCUUUUCCACGAGAUCCUCGGUGACCCAGCCAACAGUGACCGCCCUGUGGUGUUCUACAGCAAGACAGAUGCGCGCAGUCGCGCCAAUGCGGCAUGUCUUGUUGCAUGCUACAUGGUCAUGAUUCAAUCGUGGCCCCCGCACUUGGCUCUGGCGCCCAUCGCACAGGCAGAUCCGCCUUACAUGCCUUUCCGUGAUGCCGGAUACAGUCAGGCUGAUUUCAUCUUGAACAUUCAAGAUGUAGUUUACGGAGUCUGGAAGGCCAAGGAGCAAUCUCUCUGCGGACUGCGUGACUUCAAUCUCGAAGAAUAUGAGAAGUUCGAGCGAGUCGAUAUGGGUGACUUCAACUGGAUUUCGCCUGAUUUCCUUGCCUUUGCGUCCCCCCAGCAGCAACCCGUGGCCCCAAUCCCUGCGAACACCCCUGAAUACAAUGCAUUGCCCACAACGAUCUCAGAAAUUUCCGCCUCGAAGCUUCCCAUGCCUUUCAAGAAUGUGCUGGCACACUUCCAUCAGCGCAACGUUGGUCUGGUAGUACGACUCAACUCUGAGCUGUAUUGUCCGUCAUACUUUACCGCAAUGGGAAUCGCUCACAUUGACAUGAUCUUCGAGGAUGGCACGUGCCCUCCACUGCAGCUGGUCAGACGGUUUAUUAAAAUGGCCCACGAAAUGAUCACCAUCAAGAAAAAGGGUAUCGCAGUUCAUUGCAAAGCAGGCCUAGGCCGCACAGGAUGUUUGAUUGGAGCGUACUUGAUCUACAAGUACGGGUUUACCGCCAACGAGGUGAUUGCUUUUAUGAGAUUCAUGCGACCGGGUAUGGUCGUUGGACCUCAACAACAUUGGCUUCACCUGAACCAAGGCGCCUUCCGUGAAUGGUGGUUCGAAGAUAGCAUGCGUGAGAGGCUAGCACAGGCUGCGCCAGCCACUCCCCGAGUUUCAACCAAGAAGCGCAGCAGCAAUGGUGUGGUGUCAACACCACCAAACAAUAGCCACUCCAAGCGUGCGGCACUUGGAGAGAUCGAUCACAAUGAAGCUGCAGCAUACCCAGACCAGGAUCUCCCCGCACCCACCCCUGGCCAACCUCGCAAGUCCCACCGAAAGGACUCACGUCAUCACCCUUAUUCCCGGACCACGUCUGGGUCCCUUGCCGUCGACAAUGAGCAGCGUGGCCAUCGCAGCCACAGGAAGAGCAAUGAGGGCAGUGAGAGUGAGGAGGAGAUCCAGCUUCGCCGUCUAGCCCAACGAUCGUCCCGAUCUCCUGUUGCAUCGCCUACCUCACGCUCUAUCAGUUAUUCGGCCACCGUCACAGCCAGCUAUACCGUCACAGAAGACGGUCACCAGGACCAAGAGAACUGGGUAGACCACUCAGCCCCCAAGACUCCUGUCAGCCGGAAGAGCGGUGCUGCUCCCAUCUCGGUCAGCAAAGUCCGGUCCAGCCCUCGUCGGGCAACCGACAGCACCCGGAGCGAGACUCGCGGCGUCCGUAAGCCAAGUGGUCGUAUUGGUAGCAACAACAUCAGCCCUGUGCGGGCAACCAAGACCGUCCACUAA